AUGGAAGGAACCAGUGUCAGGACGGCGAAGAAGCCACGACUUGUUUGGACAGCGGAGCUGCACUCGCGUUUUAUGAGUGCAGUCAACCAUCUAGGGGUCAAAAAUGCAGUUCCCACCACGAUCUUGAAGCUCAUGAAUGUCGAAGGCAUGACCCGGGAGAACGUGGCGAGUCAUUUGCAGAAAUACCGUCUGUAUUUGAAGAGGAUGGCUGGACUUCCGCCUGGAGCUCGACUACCUCCGGAUUUCAUGGUGUUUCAAGGGCCAAGCCAUCACGGAACACUGCAUGCAAACCCUUCAGUGUGUGGGACCGGUCCAAUGUACAUGCAAGCUGGAUCGUUCAACGGAUCACAUCCGACCAUGGUUGUGUCCGGAGCUCCAGCUGGGUAUCCCACAUCAAGUGCGAUGUAUCCUGGGACCAUUGCCAUGCGCCCUGCAACAACAAUGACCAGCGGCUCCCCCAUCCAACAAGCAUCAUGUCUACCUCGAAUGGUCAUGACGACUGCUUCACCUUCUGGCAUGCACACAAUGAUUGCCGGAUCAUCACAGUUCGCAUCUUUCUCGCCUGGUACAUCUCCACCAACGCAUCGACCUCACUCGAUGUCACUCAACUCUCUUCAUCCUGGAUCAACUGCUGUGGGGGUUCCAGUGUCCUCUGGGCUGGUGGUUCCUGGAUACCCUCCUGGAUCUGUCCCUGUGGCAACAGGGGCAUCUCCACUCCAGCCUCGCCCUCCAUCCAUGGGCAUGCCUCACUCUCCUUAUUCCAUGGGGGUUUCUCCAGUUCAAGUAUCAUCUUAUCCGCCAGGCUCCUGGGCCCAUGUUGCAACAAGCAUGGGCUACCGUCCGUCCACAGGGCCUGGUUCUGCAAUUCCCAUUGGUGUUCCUGCUGGCGGCAGUAUGGUGGCAGCAUCUUCUGGCAUGCAGCCAGCAUUCGGUCAUCAACAAACAUCAAUGUGGAACCCAAUGUCCUCUCAUGGGACUGUCAUGGGCUCUCCAGCUCCCAGCAUGCCGGCUCCUGUGAGCACACUGCAUCAUUCAGUCUCCAUGCCGCAGUUACCAAUUGCUUCAACAGCUCAAGCUGCUGGUCAAGAUGCAAAUGGAGUCAACCAGACGGGCCUGAUCAGCGAAACCCUCAUCGACAUCACCCCCAUGCCUCCCAUGCCGGAACCCACAGUGGGACCCCUAGAUCCCAAGUGCAGCGAGGAGGGGUUGAUUGUGUGUGACAGGGAGCGGAUAGAGGGGCAGCAGGGCGUGAGCCUGGACGAGCUGAUUGCGAAUUGGACCAAGAUUGCCAAGGAUGUGGACAAGGAGGGCGUUGGGACCAUGUUCGCCGCUAUGGAUAAGUUUGCUGCUCUGGCUGAAGAAGCAAGACCGCUGCUGGAAAAGGUGAACGCGCUGAUGACGGACAUAGAGCCCAUGCUGCAGGACGUGCGCGAGGGCGACCUCCUGAAGAACCUCGAGCAGCUCACCAAGGUGGCCUCUGAAGCCGCCUCCGACCUCAGGCAGCUGAACAGCUCCAUUCUGACCAAGGAGAACACAGAGCUGCUGCGGCAGUCAGUGUCCACACUCACAAAGACGCUCAAGCACGUGGAGGGCAUCAGUGCUGACAUCAGCAGCCUCACUGGCGACCCAAGCACGCGGGACCACCUGAGGCAAAUCAUUGAGUCCCUCAGCACGAUGACGAGACGCAUACUACUUCUGGUUCUAGCUACACUUGUAGCAUCAUGUCUCACAGUCGACGCGCAACAAACACAGUUACCUCCCGUACCCACCCAGGUCACCUCACAGCAGUCUCACCGGCACCUGCGGCCGCUACCGCUGAACCCAUCUCAAAAGCGCGCGCUUUCUCAGCUGCACGUCCGCGCACCCCGAGCCGCCAAAAUCAUUCUGAACCGCUUGAAAGGCCGUCAGAUCCCCGCUACGACUGUCACCCAACAAACGCACGAAAUCUCUAGCUCCCUCCAAUCCGCCGCCUCCCGAGCGCUUUCCGUUUUCCAAUCAGAUCUCUCGUUUGACUCCUCCGCGCAUCCCUCCGCUCAACCCUCCGCGCAACCCUCCGCGCAGCCCGCCUCCGUCCUCUCCAUCCUCUCUCGCUUCCUCUCCGCCCUGCGCCCCGCGGACCUCUCCGCCGGCGCAAGCAGCCGCCGCGUGCUGCGCCGACACCCCAUCGGGUCGGGCCACCGCACGGGCGGGCAUCAUGGGCCGUACGGUGGGCACCACGGCCUGUCCGGCGGGCAUCACGGGCCGUACGGCGGUCAUCACGGGCCGUACGGUGGGCAUCAUGGGCCUACUGGCGGGCAUCACGGCAAGGCGAAGUGGGAGAAGAUGCAGAGGAAACGCGCCGCGAAUGACGGACUGAAGAUCGGGUCGACUAAAAGCACAAAUGAUAUCAGCGGGUCGCUCUCGGGGGAUUUCGGCUCGGGGUCCGGUUUGGGGUCUGGAUCGGGUUCGAAUUCCGGUACGGACGUUUCGUCGACUUUCUCCGUGACCGAUUUCGGCGCUGAUGGCGGCGGCUCGAGCGACAACUCGAAGGCCUUCGCAGCGGCAUUCGAGGCGGCAUGCAAGGAGGCGAAAUCGUCCGACAAAAAAACAGGAGUUGUUGUUCCGUCGGGAAAGACGUUCCUGGUCAAGCCCGUUAUUUUUGAGGGGCCGUGCGGGCCGGGCGUUCAGUUCGCACUCGACGGAACCAUCCUGGGGCCUUCCGAUCCCGGGCAGUCCAAAAACCCCGAUUCGGGCACGUACGGUAUACUGGAAUUCCGCAGUAUCCCUGGUUUGGAGAUCGUGGGCGGCGGGCUGAUCGACGGGCAGGCGGCGGCGGAGUGGUGGAAGAAGGGCGGCGACGAGCGGCCGCAGAACAUCGUGAUUGUCCAGUGCCACGGCGUGCUGGUUACCGGCAUCACGUCCAACCGCCCCGUUCCCCGUUUCGUUUCGAGUAGAACCGAGUCCUCACCAGUUCCCCUCACCUCUUUCCGCUCCCUUCCCUCCUCCGACGCGACUGUUCUUACCAGGGACUCUGCGUUCAAGCAUCUGUUCUUUUACGAAAACAACGGCGUGACUGUACGCGGCGUGACUACACUGAGUCCCGAGGAGAGCCCGAACACGGACAGCCUGCAUUUGUCGUACGUGCAAGACGCGCUCAUCGAGAACUGCGAGUUUUCGAGCGGCGACGACAACGUGGCGAUCAUCAACGGCACGUCGCGCGUGCUCAUUCAAAACAUCGUCGGCAACUCCGGGCACGGAAUCAGCAUCGGAAGCCUGGGCAAAGAUAAAGACGUUAGCUGCGUUACAGACAUAACAGUUCGCAAGUCCAUCCUUCGCAACACCGCCAACGGGCUUCGCAUAAAGACGUGGCAGGGUGGCAAGGGAUCAGCCAGGGGAAUUCAUUUCGAGGAUAUGGUUCUGGAAAAUGUGGAUAACCCUAUUCGCAUCGACCAGUUUUAUUGCGACAGCGAGCCGUCUCAUUCAUGCGGCACUGCCGGGAAUGCUGUAGCGAUUGCGGACGUCACGUUUAAAAACGUUAAAGGGACGACUUCUAAAGGGGAAGGGAUCAAGAUUGACUGCUCCGAUACAGUCCCUUGCAACAACAUCCUUUUAUCAGACAUCAACAUUCAGCCAGUCGACGGGGGGGAGCCGUUGCAGCCGUUUCUCAAUAGCGCGUAUGUGAGUAUAGAGGGGGCGGUUGUGCCAGAACUGAAGGACGUGAACAGCCCGAGCUCGGGGCUACUUUCAGCAGUGAAGGAGAUGGAAGGGUACUGCUAA